CACUACAGUGUCAGAAACCACCACUUGCUCUUGCUUCUUCUUCUUCUUCUCCAAACCAAAAGUGAGGAAGAUCACGAGCAAAAUUGAACCAAACCCAUUUCACUAUUCCCCAUUCCCAUCAUUUCUACCUCUUAAAUUUCACAUCUUGCACUCUCCCCCACAAUGCAGCACCACCAUUUCUUCAUUGAAUAAACAAUAGAAUUCACUGUCACUGAGCUGAAAUGUCUGUUACGGAGCUCAAGGAGUGUCACUCAGCUACCACCGACACUGUCAACAAUCUCAGGGACCGGUUGAAGCAGAAACGCCUUUCUUUGCUUGAUACUGAUAUUUCUGGGUAUGCUCGGUCUCAGGGUAGAACUCCUGUGAGCUUUGGACCCACGGAUCUAGUUUGCUGUAGAACUUUACAGGGUCAUACUGGAAAGGUGUAUUCAUUGGAUUGGACUUCUGAGAGGAAUCAGAUUGUUAGUGCGUCCCAGGAUGGCCGGUUAAUAGUGUGGAAUGCUCUAACAAGGCAGAAAAUUCAUGCCAUAAAGCUGCCUUGUGCAUGGGUCAUGAGCUGUGCUUUCUCGCCAACUGGUCAGUCUGUUGCGUGCGGUGGUCUUGACAGUGUGUGCUCUAUUUUCAAUCUUAGUUCCCCCACUGAUAAGGAUGGAAAUGUACCUGUUACCCGGAUGCUUAGCGGACAUAAAGGUUAUGUUUCCUCUUGUCAGUAUGUUCCAGAUGAAGCCGCUCACUUAAUCACUGGUUCUGGUGACCAGACAUGUGUUUUAUGGGAUGUUACCACUGGUCUUAAAACAUCUGUCUUUGGAGGUGAAUUUCAGUCUGGCCAUGCUGCAGAUGUUCUUAGCAUCUCCAUUAAUGGGUCCAACUCAAGAAUGUUUGCAUCUGGUUCUUGUGAUGCAACUGCUCGAUUGUGGGAUACUCGCGUGGCAAGUCGAGCGGUGCGGACAUUUCAUGGGCAUGAGGGAGAUGUUAAUGCCAUCAAGUUCUUCCCAGAUGGAAAUAGAUUUGGAACUGGCUCAGAAGAUGGAACUUGCAGAUUGUUUGACAUUAGGACUGGACACCAACUUCAAGUGUAUUAUCAGCAACACGGUGACGACAUCCCACCUGUGACCUCAAUUGCAUUCUCCAUAUCAGGAAGACUUCUUUUUGCUGGAUAUGCAAAUGGAGAUUGCUAUGUUUGGGACACUUUAUUGGCAAAGGUGGUCUUGAAUAUAGGAUCUCUCCAAGACUCUCAUGAGGGCAGGAUCAGCUGUUUAGGUUUGUCAGCUGAUGGAAGCGCCUUGUGUACAGGAGGUUGGGACACAAACCUGAAGAUAUGGGCAUUUGGAGGGCAUAGAAGAACUUGAGCCAAGGAGGGAGGCAAACACUUGUCCUAUGGUUCCUCACAAUCCAACAUGAAUCGAGACAAAUUGCGUGGAAUGCAAAGUUUAAACUUUGUAGCCCUGAAACUUAUGCAGCAAUUUGUUUAUCCUCAUAUCUGUUUACCCACUUGUGUGAUCUAGUACUUUUUCCAUUGUAACUAUACCUGGAACGAAAAUAAGAACUAUUUUCCUUGUGUCGUCAGUGUAGCACAGUGUGCCAAAUGCCAAUCUUUUUUAAAUAUGACAAUGAUUCUACUUAAAA